AUGUCAACGGAAAAUGUGGAAUUUUCAAAUGUGGAACUCCAAACCAUCAUAAAGAUCUUAUUCCCACAGAAGAAAACUCCAAAGGAAAUCCAUGAAUGUAUGAUGGAAACAUUGAGUGGCAAGUGCCCUUCCUACUCAACUGUGAAGAAGGGGUGUGCAAACUUUCAGUGUGGAAAUUUCAAGACAGAAGAUGCAGCAAGGUCUGGGAGGCCUCAAAAAGUGCCAGCUCCUGAAAUUGUUGACCACGUCCAUGACCUGAUUAUGGCAGGUAACAUCUUUGUUGUCAGCUUAGCUGUGGCUGAUCUUUUAUUGGCUGUGUACCCGUACCCUGUAUCUUUGCUGUCUAUGAUCCAUAAUGGCUGGAUAUUAGGAGAAAUACAAUGUAAGGCAAGUGGAUUUGUUCAGGGCCUGAGUGUUGUGGGAUCAGUUUUCAACAUUACAGCAAUUGCCAUCAAUAGAUACUGUUUCAUCUGUCACAACAAGAUAUACAGCAAAUUGUACAGCCUGAAAAAUACAUAUGGCUGCCUUGGGCUGAUAUGGACUCUAGCCAUUGCUGCAGUUUUGCCAUCUCUCUGCAUUGAUGCUUACCAGUACAAUCCAAAGAUGUAUUGUUGCACUUUAGGCCAAACUGUGAGCUCAGCAUUCACCACUGUCACAGUAACUAUCCAUUUUCUAGUUCCGAUAAUUAUUGUUGUAUUCUGUUAUGUUAGAAUUUGGGCCCUUGUGCUUGCUGUCAGAUAUCGUGCAAGACAAGACAAUAAACAGAAACUUAAGCCACAUGAGAUACGUAAUUUCUUUUCAAUGUUUAUGGUUUUUGUGGUCUUUGCAGUGUGCUGGGGCCCCCCAAAUUUCACUGCUUUAGCUAUAGUCAUUAACCCUACAAAAGUCAUACCUGGUAUACCACCUUGGAUGUUUUCUGUAAAUUAUUUCAUGGGAAGCUUUAACUGUUUCAUGAAUAGUAUCCUGUAUGGACUCCUGAACAAGAAUUUUAGAACAGAAUAUGUUAGAAUAUGUAUAACUGUCUGUGAUUUCACUGAUGUAUUCUCAUAUGAAGACGAGCAGUGGGUAUUAAAGUUAUUGCAGCAGCCAUUGACCCUAGGGCUUUCAGUACCAUUUUUGCUGGGGGAGAAGGAUGAGAAAGAACCUGUUUGA